AUGGGCAGGGCUGGGCGAAACUCCACACUGAAGCCAUUUUUGGCUUAUCAGUUCAGGGCAAAGUACCAAGAGGACGAUGAUGACAAAGUACAAUCCAGGACAAAAGUAUGUUGGAGCUUUGCCUGGCUAAUGGGUAUUCUUGUUACUAACUUUACGUUGCCAAAUCGUCACUGGCCACAAACCCUUGAACUCUCCACAUAUGUGAUGCUGAUUGCUCUUGCCAUCUUCUCUUUGGGCAUGCCCUUUUACCAUUGCCCUGCAACAAUUGAGACUCGGAGUCCCCUCACUACAGUUUUCAAGGUCUUCAACGUUGCCAUACUGCGUAGACACCUUAACGUGUAUCCGCUUCAUGAGAGUAAUCAAUCAUUUACUUUGUUGCAAACAAAUCAAUUCAGAUGGCUAGAUAAAGCAGCUAUGUUGAAAGCAUCCUCAAUUAAUCCAGUAGAAGAAGAGAAGAUGGGGAGGCUCUGCACAAUUACACAAGUUGAAGAAGCAAAACUUAUUCUAGAAAUGGUUCCUAUAUGGAUGGCCUUCCUAGUAUACGUUUUGGUGAAAUCCACUGGUGAAAAUUUUUUCAUUGAGCAAGCCACUCAGAUGAAUGGAUGUAACAAGACCAUCCUAGCCCUUUCUUUGAUCAACUCCUUUCUCAGCCUUGUGAUUUCCUGGUUCUAUGUGUCAAUACAAGAAUACAGGAUAGGUGAAACACACAAAAGGAAAGCAACCCUAGUGAGAAUUGGACUAGGAAUGCCCUCAUCCCUAUGUUGUUGCACCAUUGCUUGGCGCGUCGAUACCAGGAGGUUGAGUUCUUUGGAUACAAACAAUGGAUCGAUGAACAUUAUGUGGUUAGUUCCACAGUUUUGUUGCUUAGGACUAAUGGAAGGACUUGCUGAAGAUGGAAUGGAAAUGUUUUCUUGUUUUCAUGUUUCAAAACGGAUGGAGGGUUAUGGGAAGGUAUUCACAGAUUUCGUGAUUGGAAUGGGUAAUUUUGUGAGUGCUAUCACUAUUUAUGCAUCAAGAUGA